GACGACGGCCACGAUGCACACCUCUGUGAGCCAUCUGUUCAUCGACAGCUCAUGUGUAUCAACCAUCGGACAUCAUGCAUGUGCAGCUACAUGUCGUAUGGACUCCAACACGACUGCCCACCCGCCUAUCAAAGUCUAGCGUCCUGCGAUCGACAAGACAAGAUGCCUGUUCCUGACGACCCAAGGUGCUGGACGUUAAUUUGCAAUGCCUACAACUGCACACGCGCAACCUGUGAACCCAGCACAGCAUGCAUGGGAUCUCAUAUCAGAAGACGCGGGGCGAUAACAUGAGGGGCAUAAGAUGUCGUGGACGCCCUCGCACACCUCGUAGACAGGAGCGCUUUUGCCCGCUUGCAAGUGCUUAGGAAUAGAGACCAGUCGUUACUUUCUGUAAUCUCACAGAGUGUCAAAGACGCACCAGGGAACACUGGCAUGGGGCUCCUCUCUCAAGCAGUGCUCCUCUGCACGACCCUGGCAGGACUGGCUUCUACCGCGCGCAUCCCCCGCGAUGGCCCUUCUUACACCAAUGUGACUUACCCAGGCCAGAAAGGUGACGACUACGACUACACCGGCUUCGAGCAAAACCAGACCAAGCGCGCAGAUGCCGUCAUCGAGAUGUUUCGCUUCGCCUGGAACGGCUACUAUUCCAUCGCGUUUCCCAACGACGACCUCCUCCCCGUGACCUCAAACUACAGCAACAGCCGAAACGGCUGGGGCGUCACUGCCGUCGACGGUCUCGAUACCGCCAUCAUCAUGGAGCAGACCGACAUCGUAAACCAGAUUCUGGACUUCAUACCCACCAUCGACUUCACAAAGGUGGACACAGCCACGCGCCGCGGGGCGAGCCUCAGCGUCAGUCUCUUCGAGACAAACAUCCGCUAUGUUGGCGGCCUGCUCGCCGCAUACGACCUCCUCAAAGGUCCCUUCAGCCACCUCGACGUGGACGCAGACAAGGUCGAUGCCCUCCUCUCGCAGUGCGUCACCCUCGCCGACACCCUCAAGUUCGCCUUCAACACCACCUCCGGCAUCCCCGUCAACAACAUCUUCAUCAACAACGGCACAUUCGCCCCACGCUACCGCAUGGCAGACGGGACCUGGUCUGCCGGCCUCGCGGAGCUCGGCUCUCUCGUCAUCGAGUGGCAGCGCCUCUCCGACCUUAGCGGCAACCCGGAGUACGGCGACCUCGCGCAGAAAGCAAUGUCCUAUUUCCUCAAGCCCAGCACAGAGGUCUGGCCGGGCCUCACAGGCGGCAACUUCAGCGUCGAAACAGGCGAGAUCCUCGACGCGUACGGCGGCUGGACCUCGGGCAACGACUCCGCCUACGAGUACCUCAUCAAGAUGUACGUGUACGACCCAGACACGUACGCCCUGUACGGCGAGCGCUUCGCCGCCGCCGCAGACUCCACCAUCGCGCACCUCCUCUCCUCGCCCUCGACGCGGCCCGAUCUCACAAUGGCGGGUUCCUUCACCGGCCGCGCAGCCCAGAACUACUCCGAGGAACUCGCGUGCUUCAUCGGGGGGUCGUUCAUCCUGGGCUCCACCGCCAUGGACAGGCCAGACUGGCUCAAGUACGGCCUCGACUUUGCAGAGUUCUGCGCCAACGGGUACCGCUACGCGCCCGUGGGCAUCGGGCCCACGCUGUACUCGUGGAACCUGACGGAGCUCGCGUACCCGCAGUUCCAGAACCAGUCUGAUUUUUACCAGAAAAGCGGCUGGUUCGUCGACGACAACAACGCGCUGCUGAACGGGCAGGCGCCCGAGGCCGUCGAGAGCUGGUACUACGCGUACCAGGUCACGGGCAACCAGUACUGGCGGGACGUCGCGUGGGCGUACACGCUCGCCGAGAAUAAGACGGAGCGCGUGGGCAAGGGGUUCAGCGGCGUGCUGAACAUUUUCAAAGAGGACGGCGGCGGGUGGGAUAAUAUCAUGCAUAGUUUUACGCUCGCGGAGGUGCUCAAGUACCAGUAUCUGAUCCAGGCGCCUGAGGAAAGGAAGGGGAUCUGGGAUGUCGAGUAUGCCAAGGAUGGCGUUGGCAAAGGGGGAAAUGUAAACUACUUUAUCUACAACACCGAGGCGCAUCCGGUGAGGGUUGUGGCUAAGACGCCGAUAUAGACGAGGGGUGGUGAGGUGGGCUGGGACUUGUCUGGUAGCGGUAGCUAUACAGUUGCAU